AACGUUGUAAUGCUGACAUGAGAUAUUAAAUCACCCAUUUUUUUUGAGAGUGCUGCGCCUGUUUUUGGUUUUUGUCUAUGGAGGACCUUGAUCAAGUCUUUUUUUGGACGCUGGCACCACCAUUGUUUGCUGGAUUGGAUAAGUAGUGCUGCAUUAUUUUGGGACUUUAUGUGAAGAUUUGUUUGCUGGCACACUGAUAUUAUGGAGAAUUUGAAUAGAAAUACUAACUCUCAUGUCUCUUCAUAUGCUGAGGAGGAAGUUGACAGGAUUUUGGGAGGUCUUAAAGGGGACGCCACCUUUUUAGCUACACCUACUAUCAUUGAUGUUAAAAGAAGUUUUGAGUAUGAGUCUAAGCGGUUUAUUAAUAUGGAACUACAUCUUACCACUUUGGGAGAAUAUUAUAAGAACAAACGUAUCCCUAGAGGAAUGAGGUCACGGCUGCGACCUACAGUAUACACAGAAAGUGCAGAGUUUAAGAAGAGGUUUGAGGAAAUUUCGGAUAGAUAUGCUUUUGAUAUUAUUCUUUUGAAUUUGGAUCAUCUUCAGAAUGAGUUAAUUGGUGUACAAACAAGAGUCACUGAAUUGGAACAGAGUUUGGCUAAAAUGUUGUCGGGAGAGGAAUACUCCACAUAUAUGGAGGGUAACAAGAAAAUCAUGGAUAAAUUUAAAAGUGAAGUAAUGGAUGUAAAGAAAAGGAAAUGGUAUCGUGAUCAGAUGGACUAUACUAAAGGCAGAGUCUAUACAUGGAAUCAACAGUGGUCCAAUAAUACGGACAGUCAGUUUUUUUCUCCCCGUCGGGGUAAAUCUAAUAAAUCUUUUUCUAGGAAUGUUACAAAUAAUCCUGCUCCUUCCAAAGAUUUUUUAGGAGAGGGUCCAUCUGUGAACCUUACAAGAAACCCACCAGAAGAGGUGGUCGAAAAAGACAUCGGUCAAGGAAGAACCAGAAGACAGAAACAAGGGAAAUUAACACCUGCCCUAUUCCAGGACAGCAAGAGAAAGACCUGAAUGAUACUCAGACUGUGAUUUCUUCAACCGCCGGAGGAGACAUCACCUACUCCAACAUAUGUGAACUAUGAUAAAUUUCUACAAUAUCUUUAAAUUAUAAAUUUUGUAUCAUUACUAUUGUAUGAAUUAAAUAAAGUUACACAGAUUGAGCACUGUUGUGGUACUGAUUGGACCGUGGUUGGUGGAUUCCAUCAUGUGGAGUAUAUAUGCGCAUAGUACAUCUUUCUGGGUAUCUUCCAAAAAUUUCUAUUUUUUCCAUUUCUGUUUUUAUAUUUUUUCAUUUUUUUAUAUUGUUUUGCAUAUUUUUUAUUUAUUCAUUUUUAUUAUUUUUUUAUUAUUUAUCUUUUGUUCUUUUUAUUUGGAAGUAAAUUAGGCAGUAUGCCUAGGGUUCAGCGCUGCUGGAUAAGCGGGCGCCCUUGAAUAUAGCCCAGGUGGGGUGAAUCCAGUGGGGUGAGGGCUUGACGGUCCUGAACACAGGCGUCCCCCCUUUGAUGGAUGACUCCUCGGCCCUAUUAGGGGUUAAGUCAGUUAUCUAUCCCUGGCCCAACAAGGUGUAACCCUACUAAGAUUCUAUAAAAACAGUGAAAACACUAUUGUAAAAAAGAAACAAAAAAGAAACAAUGCUUUAUGGAUUAUAUAUUUUUAUUUAUUUUUUUAUUCAUUUUUUAUUUUCAUUAUCAUUUUUUCUUUUUAUUAAUUGUUCUUUCAUGCUUUUUGCUCUUAAUUUUCUUCUAUUCUGUUAUGCGCUGUGUAACCCCCUUGUUUUGGCAUCUGAAUCCACGGUCCUGUUUGUGCCUUCUUCUUUGCUGAUACCUGUGUUCUUGUUUCCUUCAUUUCUAUACAUGCACAUCUCGCGGUCUGGAUUGUCGCUUGCGAUCGUGCUCCGGCUGCCUCUGUAUACUGCCUCGCAGAUAGCGGUGGCCGUUGCCGUGGUAGCGGAUCACGUGAGCGUGUGAGUCACAUGACCGCGAGUGUGUAUGCGGAAGUACUCACAGUCUGUCUGCGCAGACGCAGUAGCUAGGAGCCCACGCUCGCGGCGCCAUUGUAGGAGCAGGUGGAUGUUUCCUCCGUACCAUGCAGUAUGUACUAUUUUAUGAUGUUCAUUAUGUACACAGGUGUUUAUGAUUGCAUGAUUAUAUGCAAUCAUAUCUUGAUAUGUAUUUUCAAGCUGUAUUUUAACUUUUUGUAUAUUUUUAUGCACUGUAUGCACUAUAGCACUUCAUUUACACUGAUGCACUAUGUGCUAUAUAAUUAUAUAAUGCACUGUUUAUAUUUUCAUAUUAUAUUUAUUUGA